AUGUCCACCACUAUCGCCAAAGGAACUGCACCAAAAGAUGAGAAAUCUGAGAUUAAUGAGCUAAUUAAGCAAAUCAAUUUGACUAUUUUGAAUUUGCAAAGAAAAAGGUUACACCUCAGUAGGGAGCUAAGUGUGGCCCUUAAACAAAAAACUCCCAAGAUUGAAGAAGUUAAAGAUGAAAGAAGCAAUGAGGAGACAAGUAGAAGCGAAAGCAAUGAUGACAAAGCUAUUAGGCUAAAGAGCCUAGUGGAACAAUUUGACCAAAAGAUAAAAGAAGCACAAUCAACCAAGGACAAUUUGAACAAGUUGGGACAACAAUUGCAACUGGUUAAUCAUGUAGAUGAAAAAGAGAAAUUGAAUGAAGAUGGGCUCCCGUUUAUGGAUAUUCAAGAAGAGGUUGACGAAGACGGUAAUUUCAUUAGUUCAAGAAUCAAUAAUGUCCCCGUUGAAGUUGAGGGUCCAGUUACUAAACUGGCAUCAAAAGUAAUAACGCCAUCAUCAUCAGGCAAAUCCGAAAAGGCAUCUAAAGUGGGAGAUAUACUGCCAGGACAAACAAAUGGUGAUAGUCAAGACGAUGAGCUUAUGCAAUUGUUUGCAGACAUGGAACUUAUGCCUGGUCAAACACAAUUAAAGCAACAUCUCAACCAAGAUGAACUUUUGGACAAAAUUGAUGAUUUAAAGAUAAGUCCAGAAGAGAAAUUUAAUUUGAAAAAGAUUUGCGUGCAAGCAUUUGAAGAUUAUAAUGAAAAUGAUGACGAAACCAAGAAACAGACAACUUCAUCUUCAAAGAAAGAGCAUUCCACUCCAUCAAACAAGACCACUAUGGAGAAAAGCAGCAUAGACACGGACAACUUACUUGAGUUGGAAUUGCUAGCGGAUGAAUUUGACAAUGAAGAAGAUGCGGGUGGCGAGUAUGCUGAUGAUGAGGACUGGGAUUACGAACUUGAUGAUGAUGGUGAUGAUGAUGGUGAUGAUGAUGACGAAAAUGACGACGAUCGAGCCGACGACCUAUUAUACGGCACCAAACCAAACUCUACUUGGCUUGGCGGCAAGUCAGGUGACCCUAAGUCGAGUGAUUUAUUUUGGAACCAGAUUGCUGAACUAAGGCGAAAGGAGACACUGAUAAAAGGUGGUCAAAAGCACGGAUUAGAUGCUUCAGAGCUGGAGGUCGUAGAAACCAAACCGAUAGAUGCUAAGAAGAAGCAAAAGUCUGUGAGAUUUGCGGAAAACUUGGACAUCAAAAAUGUUGAAAAUAUCAGUGAUAGUUUGAAAACCUCACCACCGUUUAUAAAGACUUCAUUAUUCAAACAGAAUAGGGUGAACGGGACUUCUCGUAACAAUGGUGGAUCAGCUCAAGAUGCAGUAUCGGAGAAGGAAAGUAUAGUGGAAGAUAUUGUUGUGGAGAGAGAUGUUGAUGUACCUUCAAGUGAUAAAGUUGUCGAGGAUACAAUUAUGGAGAAGGAUAUCAAUGAUCUGCCAAACAGUACAAAACCAAGUAGAACCUUUGACUCUGAUACUCAACAAACAAUAAAGAAGCCGGUAUCGAGAUUUAAAGCUUUGCGGAAGAACACGCCACCAAGUGAUAUAGAAAUGCACAGUUCGAAAGCCAAUAACGAUGGAUUGUUAGAAAACCCAAUGCAGAUGGAUGAUUCUCAAAGUGUUUCUAUCACCAGCAACGCUGAGAUGCACCAAAAUGAAGUUGGCACUAAACCAGAUCAUUACGACGAAAGCAUGGUGGCAAACGAUACUCACUUGGACUACAGCAAUAUGCAAGAUAUGGACACUAUGGCAAAAGCGUACUUGAUGGGGAUGUAUGAUGACGAUAUAGACAUUGAUGGUCCACUAGUUGAGAGUUUGGAAGAUUUUAAAUCACUAAACAAAAUUGUUGAGUCAAAGAGCAGAGAAAAGAGUAACUCUGUAAGUACCAAUUCCCAAAAUGCUAGAGGUGGAGAAGUAUACGACCAGAAGUCGAACGAAAUUGGAAUGGAUUAUGACGAAAAUCACGAUAUUGAUGAUUAUGACGAGAAUGAAGCAAUGAUAAACGAUAUAGAAGAGCAUGGACUUGACGAGGAUGACACUAACCUCCACGAUGAGAAUGAUAUAACCAAUCAAGAGUUGAGUGAGAGUUACAACAAAUUAAGAGAAAGAAUGCUUGCACGAGAGAAUGCAAAGCGUGAAGAACAAGGAUUUGAACGCACCGAUGAAGAGGGAAACGUAAUACGAGUCAGCAAGUUCAAGGCAAGGAUGAAUAAAUAG